UCGCCGUCUCCGUGGAAUCCCGAGGCGCCCAGCGUUCCAUUGUCAUGGUAAUCUCCCGCGCGCCCGUCAAAAGCUGCAACGGCCAGAACCUGGUACGGGAAGUGGGGCCCAGAGUCAGAGAGGGAGCGGGGUCCUUGUGUGGAGCGAGCUAGCCUAAGGAGAGGAAGAGGGGCCCGAACAGAGGACGGGAGGCCGACCAAGAAGAAGAGAGCGAGCCCGUGCCUCAGAGGGUCACCGCUGGGAGCGGGUCCCGGAGAUAUCCGGCACCGAGUCCAGUAGAGAGCGGGAGCCUGCAGCCAAUCGGGAAUCAGAGUGAGGAGAGCCUGGGGUUGGACGUAGGAGGCCGUGGGGAGCGAAGCGCGUCUCCGGCAGCCGGUCCCCUUCUCCACCCCCCCCCCCUUCUCUCUCCCCCCCCCCCCCCCCGGCGGGUUGAACGCGGCACGUUGGGGGCCGUGGAGCCGGCGGGACGCUCCCCCGGACUGGAGCUAUGAGCCAGGCCGAGCUGUCUCCGGCCGCUGCCCCGCAGCGGAUGUUCCAGGAGGCGGUGAGACGCGGCAACACCCGGGAGCUGCAAUCGCUGCUGCAGAACAUGGCGGACUGUCCGUUCAAUGUGAACUCGUUCGGGCCUGAGGGCCAGACGGCGCUGCACCAGUCCGUGAUCGCGGGAAACCUGGAGCUCGUCAAACUUCUCGUCAAGUUCGGCGCCGAUAUACGCCUGGCCAACCGCGACGGCUGGAGCGCCCUGCACAUCGCCGCGUUCGGCGGCCACCAGGACAUCGUCCUCUACCUCAUCACCAAGGCCAAGUACGGAGCGAGCGGGGCCCGGUGAGGCCGGAGCCGGGGAUCGGAUCCCGGUGAGGCCUGGGCCCGGGGCCAAUUCCCCACAGGCAAGCCCCAGGGUUGCCCCCGCCGCAUCUACCUCACUGGGAUGGCAGCACAACACGGACUGAGGCCGGGGCUGGAGCCGGGCUCGGAGAGUGGGACAGGGCCUCGCUCCCUCUCGCCCGCCUCCCCCGGAGGCUGGCGUCGGGUGACGGAACGGUUCCCCGGCCUUGGAUGGACACUCGCGGACUCUCGGUGUUUCAUGUCGAUGUCAUUAACGUAACAAUAAAUCUGUGAAAGACAGAGACCGUG